CCGCCUCCCCGCCCUUCGCCGCUCGCCCGUGGGCCCCGCCGCCUCCCGCUCCGCCGCACCACCCAGCUCCGACGCUUCCAGGAAGGAGAGGGGAGGACAGCUCGAAUCUUUGAUGCCCGGUAGCCGAUGGCGACGCCGACCGUAGAGAAGCCCGACGGGGUGGAGAUCCGCGAGGUGUGGGCGGAGAACCUCGAGGCCGAGUUCGCCGUGAUCCGGGAGAUCGUCGACGACUACCCCUACGUCGCCAUGGACACCGAGUUCCCCGGCGUCGUCUGCCGCCCGCUCGGCACCUUCAAGUCCAACGCCGACUUCAACUACGCCACGCUCAAGGCCAACGUCGACAUGCUCAAGCUCAUCCAGCUCGGCCUCACCUUCUCCGACGAGCGCGGCGGCCUCCCCGCCCUCGGCCCGGACGGCCGCCCCUGCGUCUGGCAGUUCAACUUCCGGGGCUUCGACCCGCGCACCGACGUCGCCGCCGCGGACUCCAUCGACCUGCUGCGUCGCAGCGGGAUCGACUUCGCCCGCCACGCCACCGAGGGGGCCGACUCGCGCCGCUUCGCCGAGCUGCUCAUGUCCUCCGGCGUCGUCCUCAACGCCGAGAUCCACUGGGUCACCUUCCACAGCGGCUACGACUUCGGCUACUUGCUCAAGCUGCUCACCGGCUCCAACCUGCCGGACACCAGCUCCGGAUUCUUCGACCUCAUCAGGAUUUACUUCCCCGUGAUCUACGACAUCAAACACUUGAUGAGAUUCUGCAAUAGCCUCCACGGCGGGCUGAACAAGCUCGCUGAGCUGCUCGACGUCGAGCGGGUCGGGAUCUGCCAUCAGGCAGGCUCCGAUUCUCUGCUCACCGCGCUCUCCUUCAACAAGCUCAAGGAGUCGUACUUCGGCGGAUUAACUGAGAAAUAUGCUGGUGUGUUGUAUGGUCUAGGCACAGAGGGCGGGGAAACCACCUCUGUUCACUGAGUAAUGGAUAGUUAAAUAAAUGAUGAACUAUUUAUGAGAGGAAGGAGAAACCUGUCUGGUGAAUGUGUGAUGUCUGAUUAUA